UGUACCGGCAAACAUUCGACCGGAGCAUUUUGCUAACGCGUGCAGCACUCGCCCGACACGCAACGGUACAACACGUGCACGACGUCGCCGAGUCUCCUCGACAGAUUUCCUACUGUGAUUUUACGUAUUAAAUUGUUGUUAAACGAACAGGUCAUCGUCCGUCCAUUUGUCCGAUCGACUUUUUUACGCGGCACGUCUUCCAGUUUAUCGCGACUUUUGCGAAUUUUGUUUUUCGUUCAAUAUCCAUUGACUGCACGUCCACACACGCCAUCGACGAAUCCCAAGCCAUACACAGAUUUUUAAGUCAUCAACAAAAACAAGACAUACACAAUGAACAAGUUACUAUCAAUAAUUGUCGUCUUGUCGGCUGUAGCUAUUUGCUCGUGCCAUGGUAUUUUAGAACGUAGGAGCAUCAGAUCAACAGCAUCUGAGGUUGCUGACAACUUAGACCCGAUCACUGUUGACACCAUCGCACCCCGAGAUUCAGCAACCGCAGAUACCGCAGAUACCUCUGAUAUUUUUCAUACAGCUGCCAGGGUCAAGAGGGGCGGUAACAAGAACAAGAUGGAGGCCAUGCACGUGGGCUUGAGCUACGUGAAAAUGAUGCUCAACACCCUGAUGGCCGUCAUCGGGCACGUGUUCGCGUUCAAGAGCGUCGGGCUGAGCCUGAUCAGCGUGCUCAUACAGAUCGCGCAGUUCGUCAUGACGCUGAAGAAGAACCGGGAGAGCCAGCCGCCGUCGUACAAGAUCGUCGAGACGCCGUGGCACACGUCGCCCACCGAGUCGUACGGAGCUUACGGUUCGUACGCCGGUCACGCCAAGUCGGCCGGGGCGGCGGUCGACUACUCGCCGUACGCCGCACCGGCGCCGGCGAGGAGGCGCCGGUAAUGACGGGCGCGGCUGCACACGGUAGGAUAACGCAAUCGUUUCGCGGCGGCAGGAGUGUGCGGGGCCGACAUCGACACGUCGCGGCGUACCGCCUAUAUGCGGAACAAACGACGGCGGCGACGGCGACGACGACAGACCUCCGUCGCCGCCAAAUGCCACCUCCACACGUCGUCAUCACGUCGUGUUACCGCGGAACACAACAUUUUAGCCAUUUUUAAUUAUUAUUAUUAUCAUCAUCAUCAUUACCCGUAAUAUAAUAAUAUGUAUAUGUAUUUUAUUUAUAACGCGCAACGCCCACGUGCUUGCGUGUACACAC